AUGCACCCCUUACUUGCCGGUCGAUUAUCACCACCGAUGCCAUACGUCCGCCUCUUUCGUCAAGUGUGUCGAGCGUCUGGAUAGUUGUUGUCAUCAAGACUUCCCGGAGCGCCUCUUGCUCUUGCCGCUGCUCGCUCCACAAGAAGACUCGCCUCUCUUUUCUCGCGCUUCGCAAUCUGACUCAACUUAUCUCCUGUCCCCUCUUUCAAACAGGCCGAGCGCGAAGCCCUCGCUGGCGGAAAGGACCUCUCGCACGUCGAGGAGACCUCCGAGCCUUCCGAUGAUGGUCAAAUGAUCUUGAACACCGAGCUGGUGACUGUCGUUGAGAUGUUGGGCGAAGUCGAUGACAUCAUUCAAUGCGCUGCGACUGCACCCUUCGAUGCGGCGACGCGCUGGGCUCGUUUGGCCCCUUCCUUGAGCGACAAGGCCAGCGCUUCCAAGGUCCUCCGUGACAAGGUUGCUUCAUGCUUGGAUAUGCUUGAGAGUUGGUUUGUGGCCGAGGAUGAGACAGUCAAGCAAGCCGCUUGCGAGGCGUUGGAGGCGAGCGCAGAAGCUGAGCUUCCUGGGAUCGACGCUGGAGCAGAGAGGUUCAUCCCAGUGAGUUUAGUGAGUAUUAACGAGAGCAGAACGCGCUCUGACCCUAAUCUUUCCAUGAAUAGCUUUUGCUCCAAGCCCUGUCGGUCUCUUCGAUCCAUCAGGCGGCGCUCUCCGCCCUCGUCGCUUACGUCGACGAGUUACCCUCGCACUUCGUCGCACCCCAAGUUGGUCCCAUCGUCGAAUGUCUCCUGCAUCAUCUUUCGGUCGCACCAACGGAAGAGGCGGAGGAUUACGUGGAGGCCCUUGGAACCCUUGCUUGUGCCGUCGAGUCUGCGUUUGUGCCUGUGCUUGCUCAAGCCAUUCAGCCUCUUCUGACGAUCCAAGCUCGCCCAGCGUCCGAGCAACUCAGCACUCUUCGUGUUGCCGUCCAGGAGGCUCUUUCGGCAUUUGUAGAGGCCUCUGGCCCCGAGGCCUUCCGACCCUUUCUUCAAUCGACGCUGGCCGUCGCGACUGCGCAGGCUUCGUCAAAGCCGAGCGCGGUUUUGCAGCCCGUCAAGCCCGAGGGAGAGGGAGAUGGUGACGAGGAUGAUGACGCAGAAUCGGACGCUAUUGCUCUUCGUUGUGCCUCUUUCGACUUCUUCGGCGCGGUUGCCAAGACGUAUGGCGCUGAGAUUGCCGACGCGCUUCCUUCGAUUUGUCCCGUGCUGCUUGAGACGAUUGAAAGGGAUGAAGAAGCUGAGCUCGAGGCUGCGCUUGGUAGGUUUGUACUCAAUCGCUCGCGCUCUGGAAUUGGCACUGACACUGAUGUCGGUGCAGAUGCGGCUGAAGCAAAAGUGGACCAGGAGAAGCAAGCUGAUGAGUCUCCAUCAUCGGCCGACGACGACAACGAUGACGAUGACUACGAGGAUGUCGAUGAAGGGGAAGAUGACGACUCGGUCAGUGGUCUCAUCUCGUUCGAGACCGAUCAAGGCCAUGCCAUUUCUGCGUGCGUCGAGAUUUUCUCCGCCGCCAAGCAGGCGUUUGCCCCUUACCUCGAAAGGGUUGGGGCGGCGCUUUUGAAGCACGUCAAAUCCGAAGGCGACAUGGACGUCGUGCUUGCGGCGGCGCAAGGUCUGCUCAAGGCCCUCGAGAUCUUGCAAGAAAUGUCUGGAGCAGCGAAGUGGGAGCAAGGCGCCUCCCUUGUAAGUCUUCAUACUCUAAAAUUUAUCUCGACAUUUGCCAUUGACCCUUUCGCAAUACUACUCGCCGGGACAGGUUCCGUUCUGCGCCGAAGCGCAGCAGCUCGUGACCGUGGCCAUGCCCAAGAUACUCGAGCUCCUCGAUGAAAGUGCCGAAGAGGACUCUGACCUCGAGUGAGUGGGCAGAUAAAAUGAAAACGAUGUUUGAGCAUAUCCGCAGCUCACUCAGAACCUCUCGGGUAACCACAGCUCGCUUUUGCCCGAGAUCUGCAUCAGCCUCGGCGAAACGUUGGAAAAGCUUGGUCCCGCUCUCUUGACUUCUCAACGUGAGUGUGGCCGAAUUGCUUCGCCAACUCGCCGCAAAGUCCGAUACUAACGGGAAUGUAAGGAGUUAUCUAGAGGUCGAGACGCUUUGCGAGACCAUCAAGAUGGUCCUCGAGCAACAAUCCUCGGCUGAUGCCGAAGAUAACGUCAACAACGCCGGUGCUCGCUCACUGCUCGCGCGCAUCUCCGGCGGCUCUGUGCUCGAAGAUCUCGAAGCGCUCCGGGCUGUCAUCAAUCUCCUCGGCACGCUUCUGACCGUCUACGGGCCCGCGAUCACUCCUUUCGUGUCGGCGAACCUGACUUUGAUCUUGCGCUUUGCGAGACCGAGUAACUCUUCUUCCCAACGCUGUAUCGCCCUUGCCUGCCUCGCCGAAGUCGCUUCGGGGUUUCAAUCGGCAGUUACGCCAUUCACGCAGCCCAUCUCCGCUGCCAUCGUAUUGUGUUUGGACAAGGACGAAAACUCCGCCGUCCGUACCAACGCAUUGAACGCCCUCGGCUUCCUGGUCCAAAAUUCGGACGAUGCGCAAUUGCUCCAACAACAAUCGCUCUGCGAAGCCUUGACCAAAGUUGAGGAUGCUUUCAAGCGCAACGAGGUGGAUCACAACGAUGUGUUGGGUGAUAACGCUUGUGCGCUUGUGGCGAGGAUCUUACUCAAGGAUGAUGCGCUGCUUCCUCUGGAGCAAUUGGGUCCGGUUUGGUUGGCCGCUUUGCCUAUUCGAGUCGAUUUCGAGGAGACGGAGACUGUCGUAAGUACCCUGAACGAACGAAACUUGAUUGCGCAGAGAUUCACACUGAUAGAUAAUGAGUGUAACGACAGAUCACCGCCCUAGACAAGCUCAUCCGCGCCGAGAACCCUCUCAUAGUCUCGCAACUCCCGCAGAUCCUCUCCUACUUUGCCACCGUGCUCGACUCGACGAAAUACGGCGUCUGGCCCGAAGCUCCCCUCGCUCAAGUCAGUCAAAAAGGUCGCGAUGUCGUGGUCAAGCUUGCGCGUGAUUUGGCUACGGGUCCUCAGGCGGCGGCUGUCGAAGCGGCCGGGCUGGGCGCUAUCCUUCAGUGA